AUGAGUGACACAGACGAAGACAUCGCCGACACGUCCCAGCAGGCCUCUGGAAUGGAAAGUUUCGACCGGCGUCGCUUUGGUAUUGACACCGGUACAGCCUUCCAGCCGAGAACCAGUCCCUUCAACUUCAUGUCAGCCAUGGAAGAUCAAGAUACUACCUUCUCCCAAUCCCUUCAGACCGCAACCCAUCAUACUGUUGUCAAUUCUCCGGCCUUGCCAACUGAACAUGUCCCGUCUCCCGGACCUGCUCCUGACGCUUUGGGACAGCCUGCCCCAGGCGAGGACCAUGCAGCCACUUCUCAAAUCCGAGACGAAGACGCAUCUGAGUACGACUUUGAGGUUGCCACUGGUCACAAUAAUGGUUACGAACAACAUGGUCAAGAAGAACAUCAUCAACUUCAACACCUCGACAGCUGGCCACAAAAUGGUCAAGAAGAACGUCCUGAAUCUGUCGGAUACAGUGACGCCGAAAAUUCUGACCAGGGAGGUGAAGACAAUGGUGACCUUGGAGAGCAGACUGAUGGCUGCACCUGGAAUACCCAGCCAGAGGUAAAAUCCGAGGACGCGGACCGAGAAGGGUGCGAGAACCUUUUCAAGAACUUCCAAACCCCUCCAGGAAUGUUCUUCACUUUGACCCCCGUUGCACACGACGAGGAAAAAAUGCCGCCAGUCUCGUUACCGCGCUUGGAAGACGGCACCGUCGCAACCGUCACUCCCUAUGAAGUGGUCGAGGUGCUUAUUCCCUACAAUCCGGAAAUUCCAGGUUCUCGCUCCGUGUUCCUUGCGCAAGAACCCAAUACAACCAUCGAACAGGAGCUAGAGAACAUGUUCGUCCUUGCUACAUUCGCUCAAGACAAAUACGGUUGGCGCUCGGGCACCGAUGAGUCGUACACGUCUGAUUUGUACGUCGACAAAGCCUUCCUCGGUAUCCCGGUUCUCAAUGUACCACCCAAGCCACUCGAACAAACUCUCAUGGACCUACGUUGGCACGCGUAUCGCAUGACUCCUACAGAACUUGAGUCACUCAGUAGCCACGUCAGCGUGUCUAGCGGUUCUGACUCCUACCCAGGGUUGGUCGAACUCCCGUUUGCUGGUAUCGAUUACGAUCUUCUUCAUCAGGCCUUUAAAGAAUAUCGCAAGCUGCGUAAGCAAGACUAUGAAGAUAUUGAAGACCCGGAGUCCGAUGAUGAUGAAGAGAAGGAGAAGAAGCGGGAAUCGAAGGCUAAGGCCGGGCAGGCUGGCACAGACGACAAGAAGGAAAAGCAGCCGCCUAAGGAGUUUGACGACGCUGAGCUCCUUGCUAAUAUCUCCCAAUCUUCUCGCCUCCUGGCCGACAAAUUCAACAAGUUCGAAGGCACUAAAGAUCCCAACGCGCAAAUCCAAGACUUUGACCAAAUAAUCCAUCGAGGCUCGUUGAAUACUACCUACUCUGCAGCCUUCUUUUCUACUAAGGAAGGAAGCCCCCUCAGCAUCACACCUAUCCGCGGCUAUCUGGGGGUCAACAUAGAGCUUCAUUCAGCUUCUUUUGUACCUAUGGUAACAGAUGAGACCGUGGCGGAAGCCAUCCGUCAGAAGGCUAGAGAUAUCAUCGCCGAACCCACUAAGUCCAACGCCUCGCAAGACCCCAGCACAGGGCCAGACUUGGAGAAAGACACUGACGGGAAGAGAGCGAAAGCAAAGAAAAAUGCGCUCGAACUCAUCAAGCAAGCCAAGGCCAAAGCAACUUACGUGAAACUCUUCAUCGGCUUUGAAGCAAUGAAAGGAUGGAAGUGCGAUACCAUUACCAACUGGGAAGAAUGGUCACACGGACAUCCGAAAGUGGCGAAGACCUUUUCGGCAGACAUGGUCAGCGAAAUUCAGACUAUCAUCAAAGCUCAGGGAGCCGCUGCUUUCGUUGAGUUCCAUUUCGACUAUCGCGCAGCUGCCCAACAUAGGGUCAGCCUCGGCUGCCCUAAAUGGGGUGAUCAGUUUGCCAAAGCGCUCCAGACUGGAAGUAUUCGUGCCAUUGUGAAGGGCCAGAAGGAAUCGGUUCGUCGUAUGGCCUUCGUCGGCGAGCUUCUUGAUCAUGAGAAAAGCAACGGAUCCCGCUUGUUACAGUAUUGGUGGAACGAAGUUAACCAUCGCGUGGUUUGCAGAGAGUCGUACAUACGUACCACCCCUCUUUCUGAUACUGUCACCAACGAUAACUACCGUUUUAUGCACCGUCUUCCUCAUAUGAGUACGCAAGAGGCCAUGAUCAAAACUGCUGUCACUGUUAAACAAGCUAGGGCUACGUUAAUGAAUAGCCUGCCCAAAUUCACGACCGAAAUCCACGAUGUUGUCUUUGCCUCCAUCAAGACCCUUAAGGAUGGCACUGAUGAAUCAUUCUUGGCUUUCAUCGACUAUCCAGCGGAGGAGGGAUUAGUUCUCACUCCUGAUACUCGGAUGUUCAUGAGCUUCAUUGAUGAGAAGAAGACUUCCGAAGAUGAGGAGCCUGAGAUGAUCGUUGACAACAAGAACAUCUGGACUGCCCGAGUUAUCGAUCCUGUCCCCAAUGGUCCCGCAGACAAGCUCACUCUUUGGGUUAAUCGAAGAUGGGAUGAGACUAAAGGUGAAUGGGGUCCUCGUGUUAUUCACAGUGUCGACGUCGCUGGUGCAUCCGAAUCUGAAUUCCCCGCCCUCAUCAAGCACGGCUUUCGCCAUAAGGUUACUUUGAAGGUUCAGACCCCGGAAAUUGAAUACAAGCGUAUCAUCAACGCUAUCGAUCUUCUCUUGUUCGAGCCGAAACACAGGCCCUGGACAGCCUGGAACAAGCUCUUGAAAACUCUGAUCUCGUGUAACAACCUCGACACUCUCGAGCCGAGGAGCAUCUUUGAGCCCCUUGGCGACGAGUUUGAACAGAACAGAGAAGCGAUGGUCCUGUCACCCGAGCAACAGGCAGCAAUCAACCUCGGUCUGAAAGCACGUGGAGGAGUUCUCAAUGUUACCGGGGUGUCUGGUUCAGGGAAGACACAUCUCAUUAGCCAGAUCCUUGUUCCGUAUCUGAUGUCAAGCUCGAACGUUCCAAUCCUGCUUACAGCCGGCGCAAAUGGCCCUGUCAAUUGUCUUGCGAGCCUUGCCUGGAAAACGUACCAGCGGCUCAUUUACCAAGGACGUGCGAAAGACGGCCAAAUCCAUGUUCGAUUGCAUGCAGACAACACUGACAAGCAAGUCCUCUUAUCUCACAUUCGGGACCAGAUGACACGCAACCCAAACGCUCGUCCAGAAUGGGAAGAACUUGACUUGCACGACGCCAGUAAUAUGGACAUCAUCGUGCGCCAACAUGUCGACAAGCUCAGAAAGUCGACUGUGAAAGGCUGCCACGAUCUCCGCCUUGAACAUGAUAAUCUCUCCCUUGGUGCAUGGGUAUGGCGCUACGGGGGAUUUGAGGAGUGCCCUUCAACUGCCGACGGUGCCGCAACUCGAUUUGAAAAAUUUCGCACUUCCUUCAUCCAGUAUUAUACGACUAAGGAAAUGGGCAGAGAGCAAGCCAAACAGUUUCGCGAAGAGGAGGGUAAGAUCAUGCUCGAGGUCUUGAGUAAAGCUAAGAUUCUGUCCUGCACGCUGUACGCAGCCGGCUCCAUGAAGGUCAUCUCGUCCUUUGGCCAAGAAUGCGUGUUGGUCGUCAUUGACGAAGCUCCAACUGAGGGUUUACCCGUCCUUUUGCCUCUGGCUGCUGCUCGCCUCCCCGUUGCAAAAAGCCUUGUCAUGGUCGGUGACACAAAACAGAAGGGUCCAAUCAAGCCCGGCAUCAAAAAAACCAUGCCUUUCGUUGACGAUGUCUUCCUUCCUCUGCCAACCCGUCUACAGCUCGUCGGAUUUGAAACUGCGGAACUCUUCGAGCAGCGUCGUAUGGUUCCGCAGAUCGCCAGCCUGGCCAACCAGUUAGUCUACUCAGGGAUGGUUAAGAACGACUACAAGGAGGCUGGCACAGCCAACCGUCCUUAUGCUCGAGAAUUUGGAAGAUGGCUCAAGGACAAAUUCGGUCUUCAACAACGUAGUUACGUUGGCUGGGUGGAUUUCACCGGGAAGAUUGCAGACACUGUCAUGAAGCGUACUUCGAAGCUCAAUUACUACUACGCUCUCAGCGAGAUCAACUGGGCUGUCGAAAUUCUUCGGAACAAGCCAAAAGACUUCAAACUCGCGAUCUUGACAGGCUACAGUGCGCACCGAAAGAUACUCCUUGAUGCCAAAGCCAGUAUGCAACUCGAUACCGCCGGCACUAGGAAUAUCCACUUGGAUCGCCUUUUCAUCGGCACCAUCGAUCACUACCAAGGUGAUCAAUUCAACGUGGUCAUCCUCGACCUACUUGUUGAUGAAAAUGCUGGAUUCUUCAAGGACAUCGGCCGUCUCUGCGUUGCACUCACUCGCGCGAGAGAUGGUCUGCUGAUCCUGAUGAGUAGACGCGCAGUCGCCAAGCUUCGUCCUGAUAGUGGUUCUCAUUUGAAGACCCUGGCGACAAUCAUGAAGCCAUUCCACAUCAGCCAACGAGCUGGAAGGGCCAUGCCUGAUUGCAGAUACCUUACCUCGGACAUGCCAGUAACUCGGACCCUUCGUGACAUGGACGACGAGGAUAUGCCAGAUGCCCCGAAAGAAAGGUUUGAGGGUAAUGGGCAGCAGUACGAAGAGAUUUUCGGUGACGCAGGUGCAGACGCUGGGGAUUGGUGA